GUACAGCUAAAUAUAUCCUGUAAGUCGUCUCACCUGGCUAAUUCUCUACCUGUGUGUGUGACUACCCCUAGCCAGGUGACAGCGUGUUUGGGGGAUGGUACAUGUAAAGAUGUCGAAUACCGCCGUAACACAAGGACAUCCUUUAACAUCGUGGUGAACUUGACCACCACCAACUCCCCAAUACCAAGGAUGAUCUACAAAGUGUUAAAUUCCGAGGAAACAGCUGAACUACAGAUCGAACUUAACCGAGGUCUACCCGGAACAGCUAAGAUAUUUUACGUAAUACGUAAUCUGCUAAAUGGCUAUCUUCCCGGGAUUGAGCUUCUGGUCGACGAUUGGCCGAAAUGGGCAUGUGUUCUUCUCCGGCCGACUUCAGAAAACAAGGUGAAAAGAUUCUUCGAAAACACCUAUAUUUGUUACACAAAAAACGUGUCAACUUUGAAAUACUUCAUUCAGCGUCCUGACGUCAUUAACUGGGGCAAGCCAGCGAUUUUUACAGGUGUACCCAAUGACCUGGUCUUACUCCUCACGGACAUGACCCGGAAACAGAAAGGAACGCUCUCCUCCUGUGAACCAAGGUUUAUGUAUGCAUGGACUAAACGGACCCUACCGGAACUACCGGAAGUACCCAGUGGCCUGCGCUUGUCGACCCUUGGGUCGGAACACGUGCCUAUUAUGGCCCAGGACUGGGAGUGGUCAAGAACGGAUAUAGAGGGCUAUUUCCAUAGCGUGGUGGAGCGGUUCGACAGCUCGUGUCUCCUGGACGAACAAGGUAUACUCCGGGCCUAUAUGUGUAUGCAGUAUAACGGAUCCAUGGCUAUGCUGUAUAUUCGUCCGGAGUAUCGUAAAAACGGGUACUUCAACAUCAUUCUCAGCGAUCUCACGCGUAAAAUACUCCUAAAGAAGGACAUUGCCUAUGGGUUUAUUCCAACUCACGACACAUGCCUCAUCAACCAGUCCCGAGAGUUAGGAUUUGAGUGGGUCCCCCGUGGAGAUAUGACGUGGGUUAAAUACACACCUUACUCAAAACCGGAGAAGCACAUAACAGGAGAUUUAAAACUGCAGGCGGAACACAGAAAGGAAGAGGGUGACGAAGGAAAUGAGGAAGAAAAACAACAGACAAAACCUCUACUUAUAAACGCCAUUCCCCUAACAAUAGGAUGAUUAGCCAAAUCCAUUGUACUACAGUCCGUGAAUGAUGAGAGAGAGAGAGGGAGAGGUUGAUGUUCAUUGUGUUGGGACGAUACUUUCUAUAGAAUAGAAUAUUUUAGAAUUGAUCAACACAUAUAAGUAGCAAGAGAGGAGAAUAAUGUGGAAGAGAUGAAAAAACAGAAAGGCAGAGAGAGAGAAAAUAAAGAUAGAGAGUAAAGGGAAAUAUAGAUUGGGGAAAAGAUAGAGAGUAGAGGGAAAGAUAGAGAUAAGAGGGAAAGAUAGAGAUAAGAGGGAAAGAUGGAGAUAAGAGGGAAAGAUAGAGAAAAGACGGAGAGAUGGAGAUAAGAGGGAAAGAUGGAGAUAAGAGGGAAAGAUAGAGAUAAGAGGGAAAGAUGGAGAUAAGAGGGAAAGAUAGAGAAAAGACGGAGAGAUGGAGAUAAGAGGGAAAUAUAGAGAUAAGAGGGAAAGAUAGAUAAGAGGGAAAUAUAGAGAUAAGAGGGGAAAUAUAGAUAAGAGGGAAAUAUAGAGAUAAGAGGGAAAGAUAAAGAUAAGAGGGAAAGAUAUAGAUAAGAGGGAAAGAUAGAGAUAAGAGGGAAAGAUGGAGAGAAGAGGGAAAGAUAGAGAUAAGAGGGAAAGAUAGAGAUAAGAGGGCAAAAUGGAGAGAAGAGGGAAAGAUAGAGAAAAGACGGAGAGAUGGAGAUAAGAGGGCAAAAUAUAGAUAAGAGGGAAAGAUGGAGAGAAGAGAGAAAAUAUAGAUAAGAUGGAAAGAUAGAUAAUGUAAUGAAUCAGCAAUAAGAUAGAGCAAAUGACGCGUGGUUCUAUUGAUGUUUUAAAUUGUAAAACCAAAUACUUCAUGUCCACUACUGUCAUGUGAUGUUACGUCACUUCCUGCAUGACAAUUGAGGUUAGAGGUCAAAUGCAGGAAUUCUAAUUAAGUAACAUUAAGCCAAAUACAAAAUGUAUUGUGUUUUUUAUUUCUAUUUUGUGAUAUCUAGUGCGUGUUAAUACAGUUGAUCCGACCAGUUUUAUAACAUAUAUUUUAAAACACAUUUUAAAAAGAUGUGAGUGCAACAACAGACAAAAUUCCUGUAAAAACAGUUUGAAACAUUUUAUCAACUAAAGUAAGUUUAAGCUUUUAUUUCUACAUCUCUUUUAAAUUGACCUUGAUUGAAUUUAAAAGUUGAAAUUAUUCUUAUAAUUGUGUAAAAAUGUGUAUCCGCCCAGACUGUGUUACAUAAGUUUGUAUCAUAGAGGUUUCAACUUAUCCUUUUGUCAAAUUUGAAUAUUUUUAUAUUCAGGGACGUUCUUUUUGUCUUGUUAUGUGUGCUUAUUGUAUAUUAUAUAUAUUUAUCGGUUUGUUUAAACAAAACUGGAACCGACAUUUCCAUUAAAUGGCAGAUGUUAGAUUCUCAGGUCGCACUAAACAUACUUAUUAUACCACCAGUCAUUAUUGGCUAAUGCUGUACCCCCCGGCGUCCGCGUCGGCGUCCCACCCCACUUGAAGUUUUUGAGUUAAGUUUUUGGAAAGCUUAUAAGUCCAAAAGUAUAUACCUAACAUCCUUCUGUUUUGGUUUAUACAUCCAUUAGAGGUCCAGGGGUGAUGUUAUGGCAAAAUCAUGCAGAAAAAAGACAUUUUCUCGCAUUUGACCAUUUUGUGGACUUACAUGUAACCUUUUUGGCACCAAAACCCACUUAAAAGAUUUUGACGUAAGUCUUUGUAAAGCUUGUAAGUAUACAUCCAUUAGAGGUCUAGGAGUGAUGUUAUGUGACGUACAAUUUCAAAAUGACAUGCUUAUAAAUACAUAAAAAAUGAGUGCAUAGUUUGAUUGCUGCUGCCGGCGAGCUUCGCAAUCAUCGAUUGCACUUGUAUAAUAUGAUAGAGAGCCAUGAGUAGUGACAGUAAUGUAUAUGACCAUUGUCCUCCAGUUUAUCACAUGCUUUAUUUUUUAUAUCGUGGUUACUUUCAUGUAUAUAUACACUUAAAUUAAGUCUUUCAAACAGAAAAUGAAAACGUUAUGACAUUUUGUUUCGCCGUAAAAUUAAACGUUAUGACAUUUUGUUCCUCUGUAAAACGUUAUGACAUUUUGUUCCUCCGUAAAACGUUAUGACAUUUUGUUCCUCUGUAAAACGUUAUGACGUUUUGUUCCUCUGUAAAACGUUAUGACAUUUUGUUCCUGUGUAAAACGUUAUGACAUUUUGUUCCUCCGUAAAACGUUAUGACAUUUUGUUCCUCUGUAAAACGUUAUGACAUUUUGUUCCUCUGUAAAACGUUAUGACAUUUUGUUCCUCUGUUAAACGUUAUGACAUUUUGUUCCUCCGUAAAACGUUAUGACAUUUUGUUCAUCUGUAAAACGUUAUGACAUUUUGUUCCUCCGUAAAACGUUAUGACAUUUUGUUUCUCCGUAAAAUUAAACGUUAUGACAUUUUGUUCCUCUGUAAAACGUUAUGACAUUUGUUCCUCCGUAAAACGUUGACAUUUUGUUCCUCUGUAAAACGUUAUGACAUUUUGUUCCUCUGUAAAACGUUAUGACAUUUUGUUCCUCUGUAAAACGUUAUGACAUUGUGUUCCUCUGUAAAACGUUACGACAUUUUGUUCCUCUGUAAAACGUUAUGACAUUUUGUUCCUCUGUAAAACGUUAUGACAUUUUAUUCCUCCGUAAAACGAUAUGACAUUUUGUUCCUCUGUAAAACGUUAUGACAUUUGUUCCACCGUAAAACGUUAUGACAUUUUGUUCCCCUGUAAAACGUUAUGACAUUUUGUUCCUCUGUAAAAUUAAACGUUACGACAUUUUGUUCCUCUGUAAAACGUUAUGACAUUUUGUUCCUCUGUAAAACGUUAUGACAUUUUGUUCCUCUGUUAAACGUUAUGACAUUUUGUUCCUCCGUAAAACGCUAUGACAUUUUGUUCCUCUGUAAAACGUUAUGACAUUUUGUUCCUCUGUAAAACGUUAUGACAUUUUGUUACUCCGUAAAACGUUAUGACAUUUUGUUCCUCCGUUAAACGUUAUGACAUUUUGUUCCUCUGUAAAAUUAAACGUUAUGACAUUUUGUUCCUCUGUUAAACGUUAUGACAUUUUGUACCUCAUUUAAACGUUCAUAUGACACGAGAUAUGCAAUUUUGUUUUUCAGUCAAUGAAUAAUAACUCGCGAUUAUUUCCAGACACUUUUGUUUUUAAUUUCGCUGAUCACAUGUAUGCGGAUAUUUUUUAUAUAAUCUACUCGAGAAUUAUCGAUUUGAAGUACAGAACUAGUACUAUGUAUAUAAUGGAAUGUUAUACAAUUAUUUGUUUUUAUUCCAAAGAGUAAUUCUUGUGAAGAAAAAGAUUUUUACUUCUAACCUUAUCGCCAUGUUAUCUUUCCCAGAGUGCAUUACGGUCCUUUGCCUCACGGACAGAUUGAUGUAUGAACCUGGUGUCUCUUCCAAAGUGACAUUCACGAGAAAAUAUAAUUAUACAUGUGUCGACAUAUAAAAGUGAUGUUGUGUGGAAGUAAGAACAGUGAUCAUAUCAUUGUAUGUAAGUAGAGCACCUGUUUGUUUAAUAAUGUGUACUAAGUCUUUGUGCGGUUUAUGGUGCAUAUAAUGCAGUUAUGGGAGAAUGAACGACAUUUGUGUGAUGUAUGAGUAUAGUUAAUGUUUAAUGGUCUAUGACAGAGAAAAUUAUAUAUUUGAUUGCUGACGUAUCACUGCUAGCCAACAGCUCUUCGUAUACUGAAGUUCAAAUUCUGAAAAAAAUGUCUACAGUAAAGACAUCAUCAACUAUACCUUCACUUCAAAAUAAUAGUGUUGUCCACAGGGACUUGUCACGAAUGCCCUAUCGUCCACAUAUAUGUAUUGAUACGGACCGUUGGGUUAGGAAUUGACAAGCCCCUGUGUUGGCGUCAGAUUAAUGACAUCUUUUUGCUGACUCAGUCACCAUACGGAUCUAACUCACUGUCUGUGUAUGACAGUUAAUCUGGAGAAGUUUGGGAGAGGUAGUGUCUGUAUAAAUACAAUCAAUUAGCGGUUUGAUUUACAGAUUUGCAUACGUCAGAUAUUCAAAAACUUAUAACAAUGUCCGUUUGUAAGUGUACUGUUAAAAUUAAGCUGAUCAAUAGCUAUCGACGGUAAAGCUGACCAAUAGCUAUCGACGUUAAAGCUGUCCAAUAGCUAUCGACGUUAAAGCUGUCCAAUAGCUAUCGACGGUAAAGCCGACCAAUAGCUAUCGACGGUAAAGCUGUCCAAUAGCUAUCGACGGUAAAGCUGUCCAAUAGCUAUCGACGGUAAAGCCGAUCAAUAGCUAUCGACGUUAAAGCUGUCCAAUAGCUAUCGACGGUAAAGCCGACCAAUAGCUAUCGACGGUAAAGCUGACCAAUAGCUAUCGACGGUAAAGCCGACCAAUAGAUAUCGACGGUAAAGUUGUCCAAUAGCUAUCGACGUUAAAGCUGACCAAUAGCUGUCGACGGUAAAGCCGACCAAUAGCUAUCGACGGUAACGCUGACCAUUAAUCCCCACAACAAUGACGUUAGGUUUUAUGUACAUAGAAAUCAAUUAUUUAAUCAGAAAAAAAUGUUUGGUAUUGUAGAUUGAAAGUAUAUAUUAUUUUAUGUAAGCUUAACUCGCCUCAUGGUCUUAUUUUAAAUAGGAUUUUCUGGAUAAUUUUUGUUGUGGUUUACAUCUCAUUUUACAGGGUUGAAUAUUACCAAACGGUUUGUUUGUCAUAGAUAUGAUUAUAAGCCAUUUAAAUUCGUAAAGUUGAUUGAACUGUGCUGGCUUGUUUAUAUGAGCAUUUUCUGAAUUGUUUCAUCAAAACUCAAUAGUGAUGUUACGCACAAGUGUAUUGAAAUGUAGUAAAAGUUUUGAAAACAUAGACAAUUUAAAGUAAGAAUACGGAGUACCUCAGAUUUUACUAUUGGAAGAGCAAGAGGACCCUUUGAUUACAAUGUAGAAAUUUGUUGAAUACACGAAGUUGACUAUUAACGUUCAUGUUUUUAUCUCUUAUUCAUGUACAGGUUUUAAUCAAACACAUUACUUCGCAAAACACACUAAAAUAGCUUGUUCGGGGAAUGUUCUCGUGUUGCAGUAUGUGUAUGAUACCACUGUUCCGAAUAUUCAAACAUUUUUAUCAGUUUGAUAACGGCGUUGAAGCCUCGGAAAGCUGACGUUUUCAGAGAAACACUUUCACAUGUGACGCUGUUUAUUGUGUUCGAUAGGAUUAGUUAUUUAAAUGCAUAUUAAUAAUAAACGUUGAAAAUUACAUGAACCAUUUUGAGGUAGAAUUGUAUCGUAUCUACACACAGUAACCCCAUGAUACUGGUAGAUUUACAAUUCAUACAGAAUUAAUGUUUAUUUCAUAAAAGCAAGAAUUAUAAUACCAAUGUUAAAUUACAAUAAAAAUCAACGGAACCCAAUCGGCCUUUUGCAAACUGUCGUAUGUACAUGUAAUACAAAGUUAACUCCCCUGAUUUUACACGCGAAUAUUACAUAAAAAGAGCAGCAACUCGUACGUAUCUUGUUUGUGUUAUCAAAAACAUCCACAGACAAGUUUGACAAUUACCUUUCUCUCUAUAUAACAUAAAAACAAUAAACAAAAAAACGGAACUUAUAUACAGUGAGAAUAAUGCAUUCGCAGUUGUAUAUUUUUGCGUCACAGCAGGUAUAUCUUAAGUUAUCGCGCUGUUUACUAUAAAAACAAAGAAAGGUACUCAUGGUAAAACUUAGCAGCUUUACAAUAUUCAUGUUCAGGUAUUUUAUUGAUUUCUUCGUCGGGUGUCAUCACUAAACACACCUUGUGAGGGAUGUCAUCAUUAAACACACCUGACGUCAGAUGUCAUCACUAAACACACCUGACGUCGGAUGUCAUCACUAAACAAACCUGACGUCAGAUGUCAUCACUAAACACAUCUGACGUCAGAUGUCAUCACUAAACACACCUGACGUCAGAUGUCAUCACUAAACACAUCUGACGUCAGAUGUCAUCACUAAACACACCUGACGUCAGAUGUCAUCACUAAACACAUCUGACGUCAGAUGUCAUCACUAAACACACCUGACGUCAGAUGUCAUCACUAAACACAUCUGAGGUCAGAUGUCAUCACUAAACACACCUGACGUCAGAUGUCAUCACUAAACACACCUGACAUCAGAUGUCAUCACUAAACACACCUGACGUCAGAUGUCAUCACUAAACACACCUUGUGUCAGAUGUCAUCACUAAACACGCCUGACGUCAGAUAUCAUCACUAAACACACCUGACAUCGGAUGUCAUCACUAAACACACCUGACAUCAGAUGUCAUCACUUAACACACCUGACAUCAGAUGUCAUCACUAAACACACCUGACAACAAGCACCACUGAUCACUUAACGUUUCAUUGGUCUUUUAGCCAUUUUUUUCUCAUGAAUAACUUGCAAAUUGAGAAAAUUAUAUUUAAAAAGACCGUUUAAGGGUCAGUGAUCUAUUUACAUGUACCAUGUUUGAUCUCCUGGGGAAUACAUUCCUGACUCUCACACAAAUUGAUAACAAGUUGGAGGGAAGAUAAGAAACCCGGUGUCAUUUCGAAGAAAAGAGCUUGUACAAUUUAAGUUCUUUGGGACAAAAGGUUCCGAAGGGAUACUGUAUCAUCAUGUUUUUGGCGCGAUUAUGUAACACAUGCUUGUAUAUUGUAAGUCAGUUUAUUAUUUUAAUCAUGAAUACAUAACAUCUAGUACAUGUCAAUAAUGUUGUCGUCAAACAUUGUUACAUAAAAUGUUCACAAUGAU